AAAAAUUUCCAAGUCUGCACGCGAUGUAAGUUUCUCUUUGUUGUUUUUAAAUUUUUCUUUAGUUUUUUUCUGGUUGUUUUAUUUGUGGUGUUACAUUUGAUGAUUUAAAGUUUUCCCCAUUUUUUGUUCUAGGUUUCCUCAGAUUCUGAUUUUGAGGAUGAAGUGCAUGCUGAGGACCAAAAGCCUAAAGUUGAAUCGAAGGUAAUUUAAAUUUGCUUGGUUUCAUUUUAUUGUGUUAAUUUUUAUAUGAGCUUUUUAGGUCACUGGUUUAGGUGUUUAUUAGGAUGUUUUUAUGUUUUUUUGGUGUUCUUUAUGUAUUUCUGUCAUGUAUUGUGGUUGAUGUUGUUUUGUUGUUUUUAUUCAGUUGUUGUUUGGUUGUUGAAAAAUUGCCCAGUUCAAUUCGUAUUUUGUUACAGUUUUGAAUUGCUUUUCCCCAUUGGUUGUUUAUAUGUUUAUUGUGAAUUUGUUUUCGGUUGUUUUACACACUAUUAGUAUUGAGAAGCAUUUUUCUAAUUUCAAUUGCAACAAGAUCUUUCAGUGUUGUUUAUUCUUUAGUUUUGUAUAUGUUUAUUGUGAGUUUUUUAUCGGUUGUUUGUCACACUACUAUUAUCGACUACCAUUUUCGAAAUUUCAUAACAACGAGCUUGUACAGUGUUGUUAAUAUUUUAGUUGUUUUUUUUUAUAAGUUGUGACAGUGUUGUUACUGUAUUUUUUUGAAAGUUGUUUAUCUCUUACAUUUAUCAUACUGUAAGGGUUUCAUAAACGUUGUUUUUAGGUUUUUUAUUGGUUGUAUUUUGGUUACUACAUUUUUAUAUAUUCAUUGUUAUUGUAUCUAAGAUUUGUUGCUUAUGUUUUACUUUGUAUUUCUUUUUUUUUUGCAGGUCCAUGCUAGGACCUCAGUGAAGGUUGAAGGAUUUGACCUACCAAAGAAAAAUCCCCCUAAGGUGUCCUUUUUUUUUUUAAAAAAAUUAUUUUUAUUAUUUGUUUUCUGUUUUUGUUUUAGUUUUUUUUGUUUUUGUCCUGAUUUAUUUUGUUUCAAUUGAUACAGGAAUGGGAUUAUAUUUAUGACCAGAAGAAUCUAUUCAUUGCGAAAGCCUUUUCCACUGCUACUUUCCAGGUGAUAGAGAACAUUAAGUCUUGUCUUUCAGAUGUACAGCUUGAAAUGUUUUCCAAAACCUGUUUUGGUCAUUUCCUUAACCUUCCUGAUUUUAAAGUUCAACCCCAAGUGUUUCAUGGGUUGUUGCUCCGGGAGGUUCAGCAACCUAAUGAUGCUGAGUUGUGGGUAAUGAUACGCGGUGUUAGGCUUAGGUUUAGCAUUGAGGAGUUUGCAUUGAUUACUGGGUUAGACUGUGAAGGUGACUGUAGUGUUUUAGAUUUUAAGCAAGACGUUAAUAGUCUUUGUGAAAAAUAUUGGCCAACUUCGUCCUCUAUCACUAAGGAAUCUGUUAGGGAAUGUUUUACCACCAAGAGGUGGGGUGAUUCUGAUGAGGAUGCUGUGAAGUUGGCAGUUUUGUAUUUUGUGGAGUGGUUCUUGCUUAGUGGCACUAAGCAUAAAAAUGUACCCAAGUCUAUUUUAGAUGUUGUAGAUAGUGGGAGGUACAAUGAAUUUGCUUGGGGCCGGAGUUCUUUUGAAUUGACUAUUUCCUCAUUGAAGGGUAAGCUUGAUAGUUGGGUUGAGGGUGUUAGGAAGGCAAGGAGUUCGGGAAAGAGGCCGAGUGUUUUUUACACUUUGAUUGGUUGUCCUCAUGUUCUUCAAAUUUGGUUCUACGAGUGUUGUAAGUACAUGAAAGGUAAGUACUGCCAAAAGGAAAACUCUCGUAUUCCAAGGAUCACUCAGUGGACAUGCAAUAGUCAGCCUACUUUCAAAGUUUUGAAGACUACUAUUUUUGAUGUUUCCAAAGAUAAGCUGCAACUUUCAAAUAUGAGGCCCACGGCUGGUGAGUUCAAAGCUUUGAAACUGAGCAGUUUCAAGUUUGACACUGACUACAACUCUUACAAGAGUCUUCCUGUUCCCGAAGAGCCAAUCGUUGCUCGCAGUGACAUUUCGUCAAGCUUCGAUGCUUUUUCUGAGAAAUUUCAUGGGUUGGAGAUGGCUUCAAUGCAGACACAGUUUUCUACUGUUUUUGCCGAUUCCUAUGCCAAGGACAAAGGCAGUGACUCUUCCAAUGAUGAUGAUGGAAGUGGUGAUGAAGCAGAUUUUGAUUUAAAUGAAUCUGAAGAAACUGAUGACAAUGAAGAAGAGAAUGUUAUGGGUGAUGAAGAAGGUGAGGGUAGUGAAGGUGAAGAGAAGGAUGGUCAAGCUGAUGAAGAUUCUGACUCAAAAUAA